UGGUAAAACGGAUUUCAGAUUCGCCUGAUAUAUAUUUACAACGUUUGUUUUUUCUCUCUCUCUCUCCUGCUCUGAUUCCGUUAGAAAAUGAACAGUACGGGAAUCCUCGGUCGCUUUCAGUUUGUCGGCGACUAUCCGGGAGUCGGGUGCUUCCUGAUCAUUGUGUUGGUUCUGGGAACAGUUUUCGGAACCUCCGGUAAUUUGCUGAUUUUGAUUUCGGUCUGCAAGAUUAUCAAGAUGAGAUCUUUGGAGUACAUUUUCAUUGCAAACCUGGCGAUCUCGGAUAUGUUUGUUACCUUAGUUGCAGAUCCCAUGAAUAUUGUUGGUAAACUGGAAGGAGAGAAUUUUUUCCAUCAAGUCCCCGGAUUAUGCGAGGCUGUUGCGUACAUGUGCACUGUCUCUUGUAUCGUGUCCCUGGGAUCUAUCACUCUGAUGAGCUUCAGUCGCUUCGUAUUCAUCUGCCAUUACAAGUACUAUGAGACGAUCUUCAGAAAAGGCACCUGUGUUGCCAUGUGCGUCGGCCUUUACUUAAUUGGAAUUUCCCUGAUCCUCUUAAAUUUAGCCGGGAUCGGUGGCCAUUCUUUCGAUCGGAAGAGUCUAGUGUGUAUUUGGGAUCGGAUGGCGACCUAUUAUUACACGGUGACUUUUUCCGUCGUUUUGGUGUGGAUUCCAGUGUUGUUUACUGGCUUAUUUUACAUUUGUAUCUAUUCAACGUUCAGGAAAAGUUGUAGGGUUGUUACGGAUAUGCCGUCACAUAACUUGCAACGGAAGUCGAUCGGCUUUGCGCGCACCUUGUUUCUGAUUUACGCUGUUUUUACCAUAUGUUGGGUGCCCUAUGCCGUUAUAAUCGUUGCGGAUCGAAAUGAUUCUUUUCCACAUGAAUCACAUUUGAUCAUUACCACUUUCGCCCAUUUACACCCAUCUCUUAAUUGGCUUGUAUACUAUUUAACGAACAAAAACUUUCAUUAUGCGUUCAAUUCUAUUAUACCAAUAGAUAAAUGCACUGUGAAGAAGAUAACAAAAAUCCGGGUUCUUCCUGCAGUCAAGUGAAAAGUCAGACUUUUGGAUUUUGUAAUUUUUUUUAACGAUUCUCUCCUUCUCUCCUUCUGUAUCUUAAUUAACUGGAUUUGGGUCAUGAGGGGUAAAACAGUGUUUGGGGGAGUUUGAAAUUCGAUUUAUUAAAAUAUUUUUUUGUUUUUGUAUAUAGUUUUGAUCGCUUUUUUUUUCUUUUUAAACGUACUUCCUAUCGAAAUAAACAAUAAAGUCAAUUAUCUUUUUUUAAAAUAUUUUUUCUUUCCCAAAAUAGUUACCUAACAGCGUAGGUUUGAGCGUUAUCUACUGAUCUGCAAGUCUUGAAAUUGAAUCCCACUGGGACUUCCAUUAAUUUUUGCCCUUCCCCCCAAAAAAUUAAAACUUUUGUAAAAUUUGACAAAUCUAAGCCGAUGACAUUAUUUCGUUUAUAGUGUACUUUUAUCCACAUAAAUAUCAACAAACAGCUAGUGUCCCAUGCCACCUUAAAUCAUUAUUUUUACAUCCACCAAGUAUGAUUCCCUCUAUUUCUUAACGAAAUCAAUAGAUCAUAUUCAUUGUACAUUCAUAGCUCUUUAAAAACUGACAGGACUGAAAUGUAAGCGCCCCGUUUUUCGAUUGGUGGACACAACCAGCAACCUAAGAAAAAUCAUGGACUGCCCAAAAUAAGCAUAUGCUGAUGCCAGACUCAAAUUUCCAUAGAAGAUGAUUUGGCUGUUUUUCUCAGCUAACCUACUGAUGUACAUUAACAAUAAUUAAGAUAAGUUUUCUUACUUUUUACUUUAUUACAAGAAAAAUGUAAAUAUAAACAAUAAGAUGCUUUAUUUGAUGAUCCAUGAGGGUUAUAAAGGUAGCGGUCAUUGCAGACAAAUAUUGCAUAACCCGCUAACACGAAUCACCACAGAAAACAGUUUAUUAAAUAUUAAAUCUGCAAAAAUGUGUCCGUGAUCUUUCUUUGUUGGAUUGUUUGGGAUUUAAAAAAAAUAUCAGCAAUUAGCAAAAAACUCUUCUCUCAAUCACAAUAAAUGAGGCAUGUGAACAGGUGAAUUUCCUAACUAAUCGAACGAUGUUAAUAGAUAAAUGACUUGUAAAAAGAAGCAAUGACUUUUUAUCGUGUAAAGAAGUAUUCAAUUCAAAAGGUCCAGAAAUCAUUAACCUUUGCAUUUUAGAAAAUGCGACUGUCAACGUAAACGUGUGACCUUUUUAUUAUAGAGUAUUUGAUGAGUUGUAAAUACGUCAUUAUCUAGUACACAAUGCUUUAACAGUAUGUUGAGUUUAGAUAUACUGAGAUUACAUAUACUUCCUCAAACAUCACGUGUUGACAAUGAAUUUUACCCAGUUAAAGUAACUGAAGUUGUCAAACUUUCGCUUCCCCAACCACACGCAGUUUUUGAUUGUUAUUCGCUAAAAUUUAACCCAAAUAGAGCAAAAUAGAUGUGUGUGUGUUUUUUUUUUUAAAUCUUAGUUAGAUAAAGCAUGACACACAUGAUUAAAAUUGAGCUUGAUGAAUUGAGAUUGAUGCUUUGAUGUGCUACAAAAUACCAUGUGACUUUACACAACCAAUCAGCACCAAGUAUGUCCAAAAACCUAGCGUCAAGUAAGGCACACUUAUCCACGUCCUAUCAAAUACCUAUCAAAUAUAAACUGAGUUCCAGGACCCAAUAUCACGGACGAUCUUCAAUUAAUGCAGAAAUGGAUAUGUGAAUUAGAAUGGGUGGUGAUUUUCCACGUUUUCUCCUUUCUUUGACCAACAUGUCAGCAAUUACAGGAACUCAAUGUACAUGUAGUUUAAAAACCUAGUAUUUUUUCAUGCUCUGAUGUUAUCAAAUUUUAAUUGAAUUUUAAAACUUCUAUCUGAUGGAGUCAAGAACUGCAUACAGUUUUAAUGAUGAUACCUUAUUCCCACUGGGUUGUAUUUUAUUCCCAAUAAGGAUGCCCAAGACUGCAAUUUACAAAAGAACUAUUUUCAGUUUCAAUGAACAACAUUUACAUAAAAUAUUAUAAUUCAUUCCAAAAUGUUUCAAUUUCUUUAAUCAUAUUUGAUAUGCAUUAGACUGAAGUAUGGAUCAGUUGUUUGCAAUUUCAAUACAAGAGGCCCAUGGGCUACAUCGCUCAUCUGAGCAAUGACACAUCCAAUGACAAUGACAAAAUCAGCUUCAUGAAGUCAUAUACAAAAUAUCUGAACAAUUUAGUAAAACAGAUAAAAAAUUAUUUUCAGAUAUUCUUAUGCUAACCAUUGAGCCCCUUUUGUACCUGGAUGCCUUCAUAGUCAUAUUACAUAUUGAUCAUUGCAAUUCUCAAGUAGAUCAUGAAGACUAACUAUUCAUAUAAAGAUGAAAAAUUGAGAAUCAUCAAAGUCAAUCUUUUUUUCUAUAUAUUCCUCCUACAUUAA